AUGAUUCUUCUUUUUAUUGCAUGUUUUAUUCAUAUUUAUUCAAUAAAUAGUCAGAAUACUAGUGUAACAGUACCAACAAUAAAAAAUCCAUAUACACCACGUGAUCAUAUAGUUAAUCCACAUAAUUUUUCUUAUAUACUUAAUCCUGGUUAUUCAAUAUGUAAUAGUAGUAAUCCAUCUGUUUUUGUUUUUAUUUACGUUCAUUCUGGUCCAGGAAAUUAUCAACGACGUGUUGUUAUACGUGAAACAUGGGCAACAAGAACAUUAUUUCCUGAUAUACGUCUUAUAUUUAUGAUUGGUAAAACUCUUGAUAAAAAUCUUAUGAAAGCUAUUGAAUAUGAAAAUGAAAUCUAUCGAGAUAUUGUACAAGAAGAUUUUAUUGAUUCAUAUAAAAAUUUAACAUAUAAAGGUAUAAUGGCAUUAAAAUGGAUAUCAACAUAUUGUUCAAAUACAAAAUAUAUUUUAAAAGUCGAUGAUGAUAUUGUUGUAAAUACAUUUACAUUAUUGAAUCAUUUAAAAUUUCUUGAAAAACAUAGUACUAAUGGACAACAUAAUACUAUACUUUGUUUAGUAUGGACAGCAAUGAUGGUUAUGAGAGACAGUAAAUCAAAAUGGUACUUAAGUAAAAGUGAUUUUCCAUUUGACACAUUUCCACCGUAUUGUAGUGGUUCCGCUUUUAUUCUUACGGGUGAUAUGCCAACAAAAAUGUAUAAUGCUAGUUUAUAUGUACCAUUCUUUUGGGUUGAUGAUUAUUAUAUAACUGGAGCAGUAGCUAGUGCAGCAAAUGCAACAUAUGCUCAACUUGGUUCAUUAUAUACGAUUCCUGAACAAUUAGCACACACACGUUUUAUGUCAGCAAAAUCUUUCUAUACAAUAAUGUUUGGACAUUUUCCUACUUCAUUAAAUAAUAUGCGUGAAAUAUGGAAGCGAAUAUUAACAUUACAAAAAUAUAAAUUUCCAAAUCGUGUUCAAUUAAAUUCGUUUAGUUGGGAUGAAACAAUUCAUCAACCUGACAAGGCAACACGAUAA